GACAGUUAGCGGUCAGCCUUAUCGUCCCUACUCACCUACGCUACGUCACGUACUCUCUCCACCCUCAUCUGCCGCGAUUCUUGAAUGCUAAUAAAUUUGGAUCUCGCUUCGGGUUCGAUCACGUUCUGUUGGUGGAUUCUGGAAUUCCUGAGAAAUCGCAGUAUCGCCAGAUCGCCUGAUUUUGGAGAAGGAGAGAGCCAUGUCUGAUUCUACUACCAUGAAAUCUGAUGCGCUCAUGGAGCAGAUGAAGCUCCAUAUAUCGACCGACGCUGGAAAAGAGCUUACGAAGAAAAUUGGACUCGUUUAUCAGAUCAAUAUCGCUCCUAAGAAAUUAGGGUUUAAUGAGAAAUCUUAUGUGGUUGAUUUGAAGAAAGGGGAGGUUAAAGAAGGGAUAUAUGAAGAUGGGAAGCCAGAUGCAACCUUUUCAUUUACAGAUGAAGAUUUCAUGAAGAUCGCCACCGGGAAGAUGAAUCCCCAAAUUGCAUUUAUGAGGGGCGCUAUGAAAAUCAAGGGCAGUAUAAGCGCCGCGCAGAAAUUCACUCCCGAUAUCUUCCCAAAGCCAUCAAAAAUGUGAGCUGUCACAACGAACAAGAUCAAAGUAGAAGAUAUGCACUAUUUUAGUUGAUAUUUGAUGCAUGUUGUUUGCUUUGCCGUGAUCAAAACUCUGAAACGUAUCGCCUCUAUUUAUGCGUAUCAAUAAAAUUAUUGUUUCUCUCGUCG